UUAUUUCUGACUUCCUCCAGCUCGUCAUUCCUCAGCCGGUUGUUUGACUUUCCAGGAUGAUUCAGACACUGAAAAGUGUCAGACAUUUGGCCAUGUCAGCGAUGAAACAAUCAGUGCCAGUGUCAGAGUUCAGGAUGCCAGUGCCCUGGGGGGAGAUGAGAGGCCGGGUCUGGGGUCCUGAACACGGUCGUCCUGUGCUCUGCCUGCACGGCUGGUCUGAUAACAGCGGCUCCUUCAACACUCUCAUCCCACUGCUGCCUGCUGAUUGGAGGUGUGUAGCUGUAGAUUUGCCUGGUCAUGGUUUCUCCUCUCACAGGCCUGCAGGAGUUUUCUACACUUUUCCUUCUUAUAUCUCAGACGUGCGGCGCAUCAUCGAAGCUCUGCAGUGGAAACGCUUCUCUAUAAUUGGACACAGUAUGGGUGGAAAUCUAGGUGGAAUGGUAUGUGCGUUGUAUCCAGAGUCGGUGGAGGCGUUAGUGCUCCUGGACUCUUACGGAUUUCUUCCAGUAGAUGUGAAACGAAUGAGCAGGGUCAUGCGCAGAGGGAUUGAGGAAAUGUUGGAGUAUGAAAAAAAAAUGGCUGACAGAAAAGAAAGGAUCUACACUUAUGAGAAGGCCAAAGAGAGACUGAAGGCAGCGAAUCAGUUUCUCUCAGACAAGUCUGUGGAGAUUCUGCUCGAGCGAGGAGUCCAGGAGGUGGAUGGAGGUGUGGUGUUCACCAGAGACAUCAGAAUAAACCUGACUAACAUUGUUCGGAAUUCAUUGGAGCAGUGUCUCGAGAUGCAGUCACAGAUAUCCGCUAGAGUGCUCGUCCUGAGGGCGAGCCAGGGCUUGGAGAAAACUUUCCCUCAACCUGAGGAGAUGGCAGUUCCCUUACUAAAUGGCUGGUCAGGAGAAAGAAACACUAUCAUGACAGUGGAAGGAGAUCAUCAUGUGCAUUUAAACAACCCUGAGCUGGUGGCACCCAUCAUCACAGACUUCCUGCUCUCCCAGACGUCUCAAGAAACGGCUAAUGCGUCGGGCCUUAAUCAGUCUCCUAAACUAUAAAAAUACUUGUAUAGACUUUUGAAAUUUUCAGAGCUGCACAUUAUCACCAUAGCUGGGUUUUAAUACAAGUAACAGAUCUUAUUUUAUUCCUCCUGAUUACUUAUUAUUUUGUUGUUCUUGUUUUGAUGAGUAACUGAGAGAUGAGCGUGUAAGGUGGGACAGGGAGGAAACCGGGAGGUAGAAAUGUACAAGUUAGAAACUAAUAGAACUGAUGUAUAAAGAUAUAUUCAGUCAUUUAUGUCCCAUCUUAACUAAAGCUACGUUUCUGAAUCUCUCUCUGGGGUGUUUCUCUCACAAAGCUACACACACACUCACACACACUAGGCCAGUUUUCUGACUUGACAAGCAGCUUGAGUGACAGGUAGUUAGAGAUACCUCACUUUUCUGAUUGGUUGGAUGAAUUUUUUUUGUUAAUUUUAUACUAAAUAUAUUUUUUAAUGAAAAAAAAUACUAUAUAUGAAAAAUCUGAAAACUGAACUGAAAUUUCUUUCUCUUCAGCACAUAUAUUCACAAGAAAUCGUAUUUAAACCUGUUUAUGUCUCAUAGAGAAAAACCUGAUUAGGCUUAUGUCCAUUUCACAAAAGCACAUACAUUUUCUUUGGCAUUCUCUCUCUCUCUCUCUCUCUCUCUCUCUCUCUCUCUCUGUUAGUCCUAAGAAAGAAAGUGUCUCCUCGGUGCUAACACUUUUAACAAAAGCAUUAAAGCAUUCGCACAAUAAUGAAUUACAGUUGAGUUACAGCUGUCUUGGGUCAGGUUGCUGAUCAGUGUCUCUUCUUUCUUGAUGAACAAAACAUUGCAAAAUGAUUGUGUAUUGUUGUAAUGUGAUUUAUUUUCCUUAUUACUUAUAACAAAUGUUUUAUUCAUAGUCUCUUGUGAUAAUCUGAAUGAAAUAAAUAAAACUACUCCUGUUCUCUG